AUGGCUUUAUCGGAAGAAACGAUGUUGAAAUGCUCAGUACACUUGAGUGCGUACAAAUCCGCUUGUGAAGACCACCCAGACCUCAAAUCCUUUGAUGCUUCGCUUCAGCAGAAAACCGUCAAAGCGAUAGACUCGCUUACCGAUGGACACGAAGCACACAAGAAUGUCUCCCAGCGCCUGCUUCAAGUUAGCCAAGAUGUAUUAAACUUCAUUCUUGAAAGCAAAGACGAUGUAUGGGAGAGCAAAGCUCUAAGAUCUUUGGUCCAAGCCUAUUUUGACAAUACCAUGAAGACUUUAAAGAUUUUCGAUAAUGUAAUGGAGUGCGUGGACAAAGCAGAACUGGGCCAACUCUACAUUCGAGAGGCCAUGGCAGAGUUUGAGAAAGAGUCAGAAGUAAAGGAUGUAGGUGGAAAGAAGUAUGAAGAAACCGUGAAGGAGCUGAUGAAGUUUAAGGCCAUGAAAGAUCCCUUUGAUGGCCAAUUGCUCACAACUCAGUUCGAGCUGAUCAAAAACCAGCAGGAAUCCCUUCUGUCGGAACUGUGUGUUGCUAAAACAAAGAUAGCCGAGGAACAUAGUGCUGCACAUAAAGCGAGUAUACUUUCGAAUGCGUUAUUCGGCGCUGCGUUUGCUCUUGCUGCCGUCGCAUCAAUAUCUGUCAUGGCUGUAGCAGUGGGUGUGGCUGCGCCCUUUGCGGUUCUACUAGUACCAGUGCUUGCGUUGGGAUGGGUAGGCGUCAGCGUUUUCUUGGAGAGAAAGAUGAAGGGUCUGAAGAAACAGGAGGAAGAUGGGAACAAAGAGGGAGGUGUAGCAGAGUCGGUGGAGAAGGGUACGGAAAUCAACGAAGAGUCGUUGAAGACCGUAUCUGAGCUAGUCGACGAGCUUUAA